AUGCAUCAACUGAAGGAGCAUUUGCACAUGCUCCUUGGGGUCCCCCAGGACCAGCAGCGAAUUGUGCAUGGAAAUGUAAUCCUGCACGACGGUAGCGAACUGGAUUCAAGCACGGAUGUGCAGCUGGUCGUGUUACUUCCUUUUCGCAACGCUUCCAGAGAGGAUGCAACGAAGUUCAUACGCGCAGUUGACCGCAACGAUGUCGACGUGGUGGACAAGUUGUUGCAGAGCCGGCACGAUCCAAACUGUGCCGCGUGGGUCCGCAACGAGCACCUCACACCCAUCCUUGCUGCCGUCAAAAAAGGGCACCGAGAGAUAGUGAGUUUGCUGUUGGAGGCUGGGGCGCGGGACGUUGACCGAGCCGCUCUCGAAGCUGCUGUGACGGCUGGCCACCUGGGCUCAUUUCGUUUGUUGUUGGAGGCUGGUGGUGGUGCGGGCUGUGCUCUUCAAGACGCCUGUCGGCAUGGUCGGGUGGAGAUUGUCCGCAUGUGGUCUGAAAGGCCUGAUGCUUUCUACAUACCGGCCCGUGUUUAUCGUGAAACCCUGGUAGAUGUAUCGAUGGCAGCUGUUGCAUCGACCGAGAACUACUUUCGAAUCCUGCUCUUUCUGCUGGAGGGUGGAAGGCUUGGGGGCUUCCCCUCGGCCGUGCUGGCCUCAGUAGUGGCCGCAUGCAAGGUCGAUUUCAGGGAGUUGCCCAUCUCGUUUUGCUGCAUAGCUGUCAUAAGUGUGGCCGUAUGCAUCGUGUUCAGGUUGCCUGUGUUGUUUUGCCUGGUCAGCCCGACCAUCUUUGGCAUGUGUGUGAGAUCAUUCCGCGUCGUGCUUGUGCUGCUGUUGUCAGUCUUGCGCGAAUUUUGA